GUUGAACUCCAUUUCCCCUCGUGCACAAGCACAGUAGGUGUUUGCAUGCAGAGCAUGCGAAGUCUUUUUAGUGGCAUGCAGCUGCAGUGCAUUAAGAAACUCUGAUGCACUGAGAACCACAGGAGCCAGGUCUGUUUGCUGUGCCUGGGCUCCAGGGGAAUCAUGGAACCAAACCGGGGCUAAUUCUUUCCGUCCACCAAUGAAACUGAGGGAUUUAAAAUCACCUUUUCUUUUUGGACCAUGUAAGAAGACGCAAUGAAGGAGGCUUUGUUAACACCGGAGGAUGGAAAGAGGCAGAAGAGGGUGAGAUUCCGGGUGGCCUCAGGGAACAGCGGGCGGGUUUUGAAAGAGAUGUUUAAGGAUGAAGGGCCGUAUGAUUCUCUGGAUUCAGACUGCACCAGUAGCACCGAAGCGGACCGGGCCAGCACUCCAUCCACCAGCGGGGAGGCGAACGGCCACCUGUGUAGAUUCUUGGGGUCGGAGUUGGAUGACAGUGGAAGUGAGCCUGAUGACUUGCUGAUGUUCGCAGGAGGGAGAGACAAAGUGUUGAGAACCAAAAGAGUGAAUAUCCUCAGUAAAAAUGGGACGGUCCGAGGAGUCAAGCACAAAGUCAGUGCUGGCCAAAUACUCUUUAAUAACUUGGCUAAAAACAAUGGGGCAGAACUGACUCCUGAGCUCAGGCGAAUUGUAAUCUACACCACCAGUUUUAGAGUGGUCAGGACUACAUUUGAGCGAUGUGAACUGGUCCGAAAGAUCUUUCAGAACCACAGGGUGAAGUUCAUAGAGAAGAACAUCGCUUUGGACUGUGAAUAUGGGAAGGAACUGGAGACACGCUGCAAGCGAGUGGGUGAACCUCCCUCGCUGCCUGUGGUCUUCAUUGAUGGACACUACCUAGGGGGUGCAGAGAAAAUACUUGCAAUGAAUGAAUUAGGGGAGCUUCAGGAUCUCCUCAACAAAAUAGAGAGGGUUCAGCACCCCGACACAUGCCAGACGUGUGGUGGAUUUGCCUUUGUCCCGUGCCCUAUGUGCCAUGGCAGCAAAAUGUCUGUGUUUCGCAACUGCUUCACCGACUCCUUCAAAGCCCUGAAGUGCACAGCUUGCAACGAGAACGGUCUCCAGCCCUGCUCCAGCUGUUCUCACUAA